GGGUUCAGAAGUUGCCUCGCUCGCUCCGGGCGUGGUGAUGGAUUUGUCUUCACUGCGAUAUGCUGACGAGGAGGGAGAUUCUUAUGUGCGGACAGCCUUGAGCGAGCUUGAAGAAAUCCGCAAAUGUGGAAUGAAAAACUUUCGUAAUAUCCAGGUUGAUGAAGCUAAUUUAUUGACCUGGCAAGGGCUUAUUGUUCCUGACAAUCCUCCUUAUGAUAAAGGAGCCUUCAGAAUCGAAAUCAACUUUCCAGCAGAAUAUCCAUUCAAACCUCCUAAGAUUACAUUUAAAACAAAGAUCUAUCACCCUAACAUCGACGAAAAGGGGCAGGUUUGUCUGCCAGUAAUUAGUGCUGAAAACUGGAAGCCAGCAACCAAAACUGACCAAGUAAUCCAGUCCCUCAUAGCACUGGUGAAUGAUCCACAGCCUGAGCACCCCCUGCGGGCUGACCUAGCUGAAGAAUACUCUAAGGACCGUAAAAAAUUCUGUAAGAAUGCUGAAGAGUUUACAAAGAAAUAUGGUGAAAAGCGACCAGUGGACUAAAAUCUGACACAGCUGAUGUCAGCAACGUAUGAUAGAAGAUCGGAGCAGUGCAUUUGAGACAUCCCGUAAAGCAGGACUCUAUGGAAAAUUGACAAGUGCCACCUUUUGGUGUUAACUUGUGGCUGUUACUAACUUUCUACAGUUUUCUUAAUCAAAAGUGGGCUAGGUAACCUGUAAAGGAAGAAUUAAAAAUUUAAGAUGUUCUAGUUCUGCUUUCUUUGUUUAAAAAUCACUGCUUCAAUAUACUUUAAAGUAUGCUGUUUUCUUUUUUUUUUUUUUUUUGUCAGAAUUUAUCAAAAAUAUCUUAGACUUAUAUUCUGCCCUUGAAUUGAAAAGGUUGUGGCUGUCAUUUCUUACUUCUCCUUGCAGUUACCACUAUCCUGAGUUCAUUUAAUUCAGCAUUGAAUUUUUGCUCCUCCUCAAACUGAUGUCUUAGAAAAAAUCUCCCACUUCUGGCAGAAAAUGAUUGAGUGUUUGGCAGUUUUGUUUACUCUUCUCUUCAAAACAUUGCACUGUGCUCUGUGGGACUUGCUGCAAGUUCCCCUAACUUCAGUUUGUAACGUAAUAAAAAAAAAAAACCCAACUACAAUCAGAAAUGUCCAGGUCUUAUGUAAAUCUGGCUGAUGUUACCACAAAAUGUUUAUUAAAUGGGGAAAUCCAA